AGAGCGUUACUUCCCAUUCGACAUUGAAUACGAUGCAUUUCCGCGCCGUCGAUUUUUUGCUUAUUACGACGAGUCGCGACAAUCCUAGUUAAUAUGUUGUUUCGCGGGUUUUUAGUACAAAUAAUCAUCCUUUUCAACGUUCAUCCUGCGACCUUUGACGGGGAUCCCGAGGCUACGAUAAGUCCUUCAGAAUUCCCGGACCCCACGGCGCUACAGCCCUCCACUCCCGGAACUCCCCAAGUCGACACGUGGCCAGAUGGUGUCGGAUCAAUUAGCAUAGAAAUACUCAGAGUCAUCUUACCACCUGGGAUCGGCAACGCUGUCAAGCUUGUCUGGGGUAGAAAAUUGGAUGACAUGAAUCUGAAUAUCACCUACGGAGUGCAUUAUGCUAAGGACGGCGAGGAGCUCACGGCACCGAAACUGUUGACGACCAACGAAAGUGCAGUGGUCGAAGAUCUAGAAUUUUGUACUAAGUACAAUUUCGCAGUGACCAUCACCUCGAACGACGGAGCUGUGAGCAAAAUCAGCCCAAACGACUUACGGUCCGUUGUCACUUUAUUGGAUCUCAAAGCGGCGCCCAAGGAUCUCAAAGUCGAUUUCGAGCCACGAGAGCUGCCAUGUCUACUGAUCAGAUGGUCUGCUUCUUGUCCAAAUAUUGGACAGCCCGUCGUGUAUAUUAUCUCAGCCUUUGAGCAGAACUCAUCGCGAUAUACCAUAGUCACAUUGCCCGCUAGCAAAAGGGAGGAUUUUGUUUACCAUUUUAAAGUGAGUUACGGCGCAAAAUUCGACAUCAAAGUGUCCACAAACUCUGUUGGCUCCCAGGCCACAGAAACUGUCACAUACAAAGUUCCAAGUUUCCUGCAACCCUACAAAGUUCGUGUCACGUCGAACCCAGAUGGGGCGUUCAUGAUCUAUUGGCAGGAACCUUACGUGCCUUAUUACGUCGACAGAGUAUAUUACGAGGUGUAUGUUUAUCAAGGCACAAACAUAUCGAGCAACUACGAGAAAUAUUACGUGACAAGACCUGUCUUGGUAUAUAAAGGCAACGCAUCCCGAUAUACGUUCAGCGUGGGCCUGGUCUCCUACGAUGGACAAUACAGAUCUCUUCUGAGCGAUCCCAUUGCCGCCGAUAUCUAUGGAGAUAACCGACAAAUAGGUGUUCAUUGAAAGUUUGCAACGUAUCAUGCAGUGUCUUCCAUGCUGUAUCUGCAUACUCCAGUCUGACUUCAGCUGAAAGGGACCGGACCCAGAAUUAAUAGCUUUGGCAAACUCAAGAUAUCAUUUUUCAUCAACUUCAACGUACGACGUAUGUUGAGCAACAGUUUGGCGUCAACGAGCAAGCAUAUCAUGGAAUGAUAACUGAAUUUGCACCAUUCGUAUCCGAACAAGAUAACAGAAAUAAUUUUAUACCAAUAAUCGAUCAGUUUCUUGCUAUACCAGCACAAAAUAUACAUAAUAAGCAAUUGAAAAUCAUACCUAUUAUGUUAGACCAACCAGGUUUUUU